AUGUCUAUUAAAGCUGCUGUCAAUGCCUUUGAUGUGCCUUGUACUCAGAAACUCAUUGGUAGUCGCUGUCUUUUUGACGAGGAAUGCUAUGGGAUGAAUACUGUUUGUAACAAAGGAAGAUGUUCAUGUCCAACGAAUUUUGAAGAAUACGAUAUUGAUGAUAAGACAACGAUUUGUCGAUUAGCUCCAUCAAAAAUCGGUGACUCAUGCCAAAGGGAUUGUAAACCGCCGCUAUUGUGUCGAGAUGGGAAAUGCGAGUGUUGGGGAGGGAGUAUUGUGAAUGGACAAUGUGUUGUUCCUUGCCCAGCCGGUCUCCAGUUAUACGGAGUCGAGUGCGCUCGAGUGGCUCACUGGGGUCAGAGUUGUGAGAGAGACGCGCAAUGUGUUGAUGUCUUCAACGCUUGUGUUGCUGGGACUUGUCAAUGCGCUCCUGGAACAACCAGAGAUGUACAAAGGGGAUUUUGUUAUGCGGUUUGCCCUGAUGGAAUGCAUCCUCGUCAAACGUGUCGCCGGCUGUUCAUCAAUGAUAUCGAUAUGCUGGAAUCGGCAGCGUCUACAGAUUCAUGUCCUUUGGGCUAUCGAUGUGUCACAUACGGUAGUCCUUACGUUGGCCAUUGCUGCCGAUUGAGAUGCCCAUACGGAGAGCCUGAUCUAACACAAUCUUGUGACGCUGGAGCCUCGCCAAAUGAGAAAUGUCGACCACUGACGCAUUUUUGCUACACAGUCACUGAACCUGGAUGGAAAAGCUCUCUUUGUUGCCCAAGACCGUGCAGAGAUCCGACUCCUUUAUAUAUCAAUGGACAAUGCAUGUCAAUCGCCCAUCGAGAAGAUCCAUGCCAAAUCGAUCAGCAGUGUCAAGGCGGAAUCACGAUGACUUGUGUUUUGGGGACAUGUCAAUGCAAGUUGGGCUACACAGCGAAUAAUGACGACCGUUUCCCGACUUGUGAACGAGCGUGUAGUCGAAUUGAAGAAGUUCCAUUGGCAGAUCAAUGCUUGGCGAAGAUGAUUCUUGGUGAGCGAUGCUUAGCCAAUAAACAAUGCCCACAAUUCUCCGAAUGCCGAUAUGGAACAUGUCAAUGUUUAUGUGGAUAUAAGCAGAUAAAGGACACAUUUGGCGUGCGUUGCACAAAUCCCGACGAUCCUCUCUCGUUGAACUCGAUUUUGAGCGGAGUUGAGCAACUUUUCGGAAACAAGCGAUCACCAAGAGCA